AUGGGGGACAACUGGAACAUCAUUUCUUCUUGUUCUUCUAAUGUUGGUUUCGACGACAACCUUUGCCACGUGGAGGAGGAACGAUUACAUGCUCUUCAACUUCAACCCUUGCAAGGCAAUCUCCACCACCAGCACCACUGUGGUGAUUAUGGUUUUAUAAAUGACAAUCCUACCAUGGAAGAAAUUUAUUCCGCCAUGGGAGGACUUUUUACUCAUCUUGAUUUUUAUAGGAUGAGGCAUAGGGCUUCUGUUGAGGCCGCCUUGCCACAUCCUCAUACCGAUAAUUAUAGUAACCACUUCGCUUCACCUCCAUGGAGAGGGUUUGUGGUUUCCAUGGCGAUGAAUCACCGUGAAUGUCAAUAUCUGCAAGCUGUGAUUGAUGAGGGGAACCCGGUGUAUGUUACGAUGAUCCUCUUAGAAGUGAAGGAUUAUUUACAUGAGCUCAUGACACAUCGUUUUGGCAGCUAUUUGAUUCAAAAGAUUUUUCAAGCAAGGAGGGGUAUGACCUGUCAACAGAUGGAUUUAACUGUUUUCUUGAUCAUCUCGAAUCAUCGAAAGUUGAAGGAUGUGUGUAUGGACCAUCACGGAACUAGGGCUAUGCAGACAAUGAUUGCGAAUGUUAGACAUCCAUUCACGGGAUAUGUGGUUGUGUAUAUGCUUCAGCAUAUCACUAUUCCAUUGAUGAAGAACGUUAAUGGUAGUUAUGUAAUUGUGCAGUGUGUGAAGUUUUUCCCGCCCAAACACAAAAAGAUUAUCUUAGAUGAAGUUGCAAGAAACUGUGUUGAUAUUGCAACUGACAAAAUUGGAUGUUCGGCUGUUAAAAAAUGCCUUGAUUAUGGCGGGAGAACAUCAGCCAUAGACAUAUUGGUUGCACAAAUCAUCUCAAAUGCUAUGAUCCUAUCAGAGGAUCCAUACGGAAACUAUGUGGUGCAACGUGUAAUUCAAAUGAAAAUUCCAUUAGCAAAUGAACAAAUGGUACAAGAGCUUCGGAGCAAAUUUGAUAGACUUUCUGUGAACAAGUAUGCCAGCAAUGUAGUGGAAUAUCUACUGAGCUUUUCUAAUCAGGAUGCUGUUAAAGUUAUAGCUGAGGAGAUAAUGAGAAGCCGUAAUUUCUUGAAUGUUCUUCACGAUCCCUAUGGGAAUUAUGUUGCUCAAAGAGCACUGAGAUGUACUAAGGGCCAUGUGCGUAGAAGGUUUUCUAGUCUCAUUAAAUCCCAUCGCCUAGCGCUACAAAGCCAUAUUUAUGGGAAAAAUGUGUUGACAUUGGCUAUGGCAUAUACUGAAGGAAGUGAGUUCAACUUUUAA